AAAUGUCAAUUAAUCCCAAGGCAAGAAAAACACACAGCGUUUGUACACAAGAACGAAUAAUAAAUUUGCGUUUAUAGCAGGCGUGAAAAUAAAAAAAUACGUAAACGAAAAAAUAGUAAUUCAUUAUAAUGGUGAAACUAAAAUAUAAUAAAUAGGUUGUGUACAAAAGAACGAAUAAGGAGAGAAAUUUGAACACUUGUUUUGAAAAUGGAUCCCUGGAUUUUUCUCAGCGUUGUCGUGGUGCUGUAUGGCGUCUGUUUUUUCAUUGAUCGCCUUUUCAAGAGUUGUAUGCACUAUCCGUAUGAGACAUUUCUAAAAAAUACUGGUCUAACGGUACAAUUUUUGCGCAUUCGUUGGCAUACGACUGCGUUUAAUCGUGCCAUGCUGCGAUGGGGUAACAACAGCGGUUGGAUGCGUGUGUGGCUAACGCGCAGCUACACUGUCGGAGUUUUGGUGGCUUUGGCAUUGUUACCAAUUGGUAUUAUUUUAUUGUUCAUAACAAUAUUUAAUGAAGAAAGUAAUGGUGCUUCAAACGCUGGCGGAAAUGGAGCCAAUGCUGAGAGUGGGAUAUUACAAAAUGCACCAAAAGUAGAAAUAUUAUUGCCUGGUGUGAAUUUGCCGCUGGAAGAGGUUGGUUAUUAUGCGUUAACGCUACUUUUAUGCACAAUGGUGCACGAAUUCGGACACGCAUUAGCAGCAGUACAAGAGGAUAUACCAGUUAUUGGGUUCGGGUUCCAAUUAUAUCUAUGUUUGCCGUUCGCGUACACAGAGAUCUCCACCGAGCACCUUAAUGCUUUAAAAUGGCUCAAGAAAUUGCGCAUAAUCUGUGCCGGAAUUUGGCAUAAUUUCGUUUUUGCAUGCGUUUGUUAUUUUCUUCUCUCCACGUUAAACUAUGUGGCCGCGCCAUUCUACACCAUUGAUCAUGGUGUUGUUGUAACAGAAAUGUCGCGCAAUUCACCGCUCCUUGGAACAGCUGGGAAAGGUCUGAUGGUUAGUGAUGUUGUUUCGCAAAUCAACGAUUGCAAGGUAAACAAGGAGUCCGAUUGGUAUGAGUGCCUUCUACGUUCGAUACGAGGCACUCGCCUUGGGUACUGUGUUUCUCAUGAUUUUAUACGUUACAAUGAUGAAAGCAUCGAAAUCUCACAUCAUAGCGCUGAUGGCAUGCUGCAGUGCUGUGAUGAACGCAACGAGAAACUGUGCUGUUUCGAAUCGGUAACUGAAAGUCUCAAUAGCUUAGAAACUGCUGACAUGACAGACGCAGCAGAACACGCACAAAUACCGCAACACGUUUGCUUAGAUGUACGCCGCACACUUGAGGAUUCACAUGGCUUCUGCAGCGGUAUCAAUGGUAAAAGCAGCAAUUCGAAAGAUGGCAAUUCCUGCCAGAGCGGCUUUUGUUUGCGUCCAUUACUUCGCAAUACAACUACGAUUUUAACGUUCAAACGUACUAGCAACAGUGUUAAUAAUCAGCCGACGAAAUUGCGAGACGUUAUCUAUAUUGGUCAUCCAACUGACGUUUUUAGUACUGUACGGAUUUCCCCAUAUGUGCCCCGUCGGUCUUAUGUAUCAUCACAAUGGUGUGAUGCCUACGCUCUCUUCCUAAAAUAUAAUGUGAUCUUCAGUUUUGGUCAAGCGCUUUUAAACGCCAUACCAUGUUUUGGUCUCGACGGCUACCACAUUACAAGCACUAUUGUGCAUAGUUUUCUAGUCCAGCGCAUCGCAGAACGUCCGAAGCGCGAUUUUAUAGCACUACUAGUCGCUGGCACAGGCACAUUGCUGUUUGGCUCAGCGCUCCUCAAAGUGCUAUGGAUGAGUGUGAUGCGAUUUGUAUAUUAGCCUAAAACGAGUUUCUGCUCUCACUACUUCUAUGUUACUUUGUAUAUUUAUUUUUAAAAACAAAUUUUAAAUGAUAUAUGUAGAUUAACGCAGGCACAAUGCAUGCUUACGAAUACAAAUUUAUUAAUUUAUAAGUUUUCUACCAAACACACGUAGACGCUGUGGUAAUUAAUUGGAGGAUUUGCUGCUAUCUUUAAUUUAAGAGAUUUUGAAGCUGGUGCAAAUAGCACGCGUUAAAUCGAGUUAACAUUUUGUAAUAACAUACCUAAUUAGGUACUACGUACGAAAAUACGAAAAUAAUUUAUAUUAGACGCUUUCGAGGGGAUCCGAACGGCCACGAAAUCGUAACUGCGGAAUUACCAAAUAAUAUGCACAAAACUAGCAAAUAAAAAGGGCGCUGAAUUCAAACUGA